CAGCUCUAGAGAGAGAGAGAGAGAGAGAGAGAGAGAGAGAGAUGGAGAGAGAGGGAAGGGUGGAGGUGGAAAAAGUUGGAGGAAGGUCAACAGUGACAAGAUGCUUCUCAAAGUAUCCUCUCAAGUUCAUCAUCCCCAGAAAGGUGGGUCCCUCCAAAACUGAUGCUGUUUGGGUUUACAACCUCACCUAUGGUGGUGGUAUUGUUUCUGGAGAUUCUAUUUCAUGUGAGUUUAACAUUGGAGAUGGCUGCACCACUGUCUUAACAACCCAAGCUUCCACUAAGGUUUACAAGUCUGUGGGAUUCAAGUGCUGUGAACAAGUCUUGGAGGCAAGAGUUGGGAGCAAUGCCCUUUUGGCGGUCAUUCCUGAUCCUGUUACAUGUUUUUCCACGGCAAGAUACUCUCAGAAACAAGUCUUUAGGGUAGUUUCCGACUCAAGUUUGGUCAUUGUAGAUUGGAUUACCAGUGGGCGUCACGAAAGUGGAGAAAAAUGGGAUUUCGAUCUUUACAAGAGCAUCAACCACAUAUUUAUGGAAGAUGAUGAACCUUUGUUUCUGGACGCGGUACACCUCGAGCGUGGAAAUAUCUCUUCAAUUGCAGAACGAAUGCAGGACUACCAAGUAAUUGCAAUGGUUGUACUCUUGGGGCCAAAGAUCAAGCACAUUCAGAACCUAGUUCAAGAAAACGUGAAGAGGAUUAUGUCUGACCAAUUACACAUUCCUUCCACCGCGUCAGGUCACCAAAUAAAAACACAUUCUGAUAAUCGCUUCGCCAAACCAAGCUUUAUUGCUUCUUCAAGUGUUUUUGGUCCUAAGGGAAUCGGGGUGGUUGUUCGUAUAGCUGCUACAACAACUGAAUCGGUUUAUAAGUUCCUGCAGCAUCAAUUGGCCGGCAUGGAGCCACUACUUGGGGUAUCGCCAUAUCACUGAACCUGCGUGGGGAAUACGAAACUUCAAACACUUUGUUUUGGUCUUAUACCCGGCGACCUUUGUCGGAAUCUAGCUCUUGCUUUCCUUGCCCAUCCUUUUCAAUGACUCGGUGGCUCGACGGAGAUGGUUUAACUGGACGAUAAGCUUCUCGGAGUAGCUGGAUAAAAAUGCAUUGUAACCUGUUCUUCCAAUCCAUGAUUAAACUACAUUCCUAGUUACAAUCGUUGUCCGUUAGAGUGAAUAUUGGCUGAUUAUCCUUGACAUUUUGCUAAACAUUUGUUAUGCUAGAUAUCCCACAUUGGAACGCUUGUAACUAAGCAAGUUAGCAACGCAAGAAUAGCUAAAGUUGACGGGCU